AUUGAGUCACCGACAGUUUCUAAAAUUAAACACCUAAAAUUAUUAUUUUUUAAAUAAAAUUCAUAAUUAACCAUAACUCAUUUUUAUGUCAUGAAUUUGAACUAAUGGUGAGAAAAAAAACAAACAAACAGACUAACAGUGGUUUGUUUUUAAUAAUUUCUUUUUCAAGCAUGUAGUAAGUACUCUUUCGUUCUGAAUGCUUGUUUCCGAAUAAUGCCUCCAAUAGCUGGUAGAAGUGAUAACAAGACACAAUCAGCCAGUAAUUCAAGUAAAUCUAAAGUACAAAAGCCACCGGCACACGGCCUAAAAGUCAAUCGAAUGUUACUUCUAAUACUAUUCGUUCAUCUUAUCCAUCAAAAGGUAAUGAAACAGUAUUAACAUCGAAAUCCAAUGAUAUACUUGAUAAUAACAAAAACAAUAAUCGUCUUGCUCAGUUAAAUGAUUCUACAAAAGAAUUACUCUCAUAUUAUCGGCAUAAAGUUGAAAUGUUAACUGAGGAUCAUGAAACAUUUCAACGACGGUUAGAUAAAAUUCAUGAUGCUAUUGGUAAUCAAGAAACGCUUAGCUUAGAAUUAAAUCAACGUGAUGCAGAAAUUGCAGAACUUCAAAGAGCUUUAUCUGAUAUGCAGGUUUAUCUCUUUCAAGAACGUGAACAUGUUCUACGUUUAUAUGCAGAAAAUGAUCGUUUGAAAAUUCGUGAACUUGACGAUCGAAAGAAAAUCCAACAUUUACUACAGUUGUCUAAUUUAGGACCAAGUGAAGUAACUUACUUUUUAAAACAACCAAUUACAAAAUCACAAGAUGAACAACAGAAUACAUGUAAUAAUGUAGGCGAUGAAAAUACUAUCGACGGUGAAGAUAAUCAUCAGCAUAACAAAAAGUCAUCAUGGAUUUCAGCUGUUGCUGUUAAACCAAUCAUUCCAACAGCUCCAUCUCAUGGUGUUAUGGAGUUUACUGCAUCAGGAAAAACAGUUUUAAAACCAAGUACAAAUCAAACAAAAUCGAAUCAUGCAACUAGUACUGAACCAGCCCCAAUAUCUUCCAAGUCUGAUUCAGUAUCUCGUACAGAACAUGAAGCUGUAUUAAGAGAACUUGAAAUGUCAAAAUCUUCGCUAAGAGCAUUACAAACACAAUUGGAAGAACAAACACGCAAUGCACGUGAACAAAUUGAUUCACUCAUGGAAGAUCGUAAAGCUAUGCAAGAGGAAGCUGACAGUUUACGUAAACGUAAUGAAGAGAAGGCACGUGUAUCAUCAGAACAGCUUAAACGUUGUCAAGAAUUAUUAUAUGAUAGUACUAAAGAAUUCUUAGCACAAAGGAAUCAAUUUCGUCAAGCUGAAAAGGUGUGGAUUGCAGAGAAAGACAAAUUACUAAGUCAAAUAGGCACGAAAAAAUUUAAUUCUACCGGUGUUAGUGCAUCAACUCUCUCUGUUAUGAAAACUGAUGGACGUAAUCUCACUGAUCCACUGGCUGAUAGGAUAAAUCAUAAUCAUAAUAAUUAUACUAAUCCUAUGGAUUUAUUAAAUAACACCAAUAUACAAAGUUUAGAAUCUCGUGCAUGGGCUGAAGUGAAUCAACAAAAACAGAUACAAUUAGAGAAAACAAUUCAAAAUUUAGAAAAUCAAUUAGAUCAACAACAAAAACUGUCUGAUAUGUAUAGAGAUCAAGUUAUUCAAUUAGAAGAAGAGUUAGUUCGUGUACGUGAAGAAGGUGUUCUUUCAAAAGAUCUAUUCAAAGAUCAAGCUCAUAAACUUCAUGAACGUGUACAAGUUAUGUCACAACGUUAUCAAAAUUUAGAACGUAGACGUCAAUUAGAAAUGGAAGGUUAUCGUACUGAUAUUAGUACAUUACGUAAAAAAUUAAAAGAAGUUGAAAGACAAUUGUUAAAGUUAACUCUUGGUUUUACUGAUGGAAUCGAUCUACCAGAAUCAAUCAAUGGGAAUAACAACAAAGACAUUGAUAUAGCAUUGCUGAAACAAGUUAAAGCAUCUACAACUCGAUCUAAUCAAAUAAUGAAUGAAUUGAAAAAUCUUAAAUUGAAAAUGUAUUCACUUGAAGAUGAGCUACGUAAAAUUUAAUAUUUCUUUUCCCGGUUUUUUCCUAUUCUCCCUUCUUUUUCCUCUUGCUUCUUUGGAUUUCUAAUCUUGUAUAAGUUCCCUUUCAUUUGAUCUAUGCUGUGAUUUACUUUUGGCAAGUGUUGUUUUUCUCCUUACCCAGUGAACUUAUAUGAUUACUCUAUAUUUCCCUUCCAUUGUUGCUGUCAGUGAAAGCGUAUCAUCUAUCCUAUUGCUGUGAUUCUUCUUCUCGUUUUUGUUGUUGUUGUUGUUGUCAAUUUUUGUACAUUUUUUGAUUUGCUUUUCUAUUAAUCAUUGGAUACU